AUGUCUUCAAAUUCCGAAUCUGAGGCCGACAAAAUUCGUAACAAGCGACUAGCAAGACUUCAGGCCCCAUCGCAGCCAAAAUCGCAAGCCGAGGAUGGUGAAAGCAGUUCCUCCCCUACAAAGGACCUUCAAAACCCGACAUCCGGCCCUCAAAGUGAUACUGUGCCAAACCCGUUCACUAAGCUGGGGUUGAACCAGUCGUCAAACGCAACGCCCAAAAGGACAGCUACAUCGCCGCCCCCAGAUAUCCGUUCUCCCGUAAAACCAACACAGUCUAUACCGCCGUCAGAAGCCCUAGUGCUAUCAUCAACUUCUGUGGGUAGUCUCGGUCCUAUAGAGUUAUGGGAGGACAAGACCUUAAAGCAUAUAUAUAAGGUGGCUCUAGAGCCUGGGCCACGGGUUACAGGAUACUACAUCUUGGAUGACUUACGGAAAGAUUUGGAGGAGCAAGCAGUUGAAGGAAAGCCGGCGCAUAUUUCCGUGGGUACAUUGGACCAAUUGAUACUUUCAGUAUGCAAAGACUCUGAUGUUACCCCCAUGGACUACUUGGUUGGUUGCUGGAGACGAGCCUCUGUUAUACAGAGGACUACACCUCCGUCUAGACUAGACGAGAAGAAAAUCAAUAUUCUGAAUACCGCUAAGAGACUUUGUAUCAACUAUGGGGAAUACUGUAUCACUAUGCCAGAUAUUUUUGAGAACAAUCGUGCAUUAGCCAAACUAGAAAAUCGUUUAUUGAACGAUGCAGAAGAUGAUCUUGGUUUGCCCCAAGAAUUUUUGAAUGAUCUAGUGUCUCGAUCCGAAGACAACCCGGAUCUUGUGGAGUAUUUCCAACAAGCAAUACAAAACCUCAGUAGUCGACUAAGUAAGAUGAACAUGAGCGAUAACUAUAAACCAUUCAUAUCGGCUUUAGGACGGCUUGCUCAAUUCAAGCCACUCGUGGAACUUAUGAUUAAACUGCCUUCAUUUCUCCCCUCUCCUGAACAGACUCCGGCACAUCUUGUAGAAAAGGAGACUAUCUUAGGCCCUUUUUUUCAACUUUCGCCCCUUCAGUCACAAGUAUGUCGCACAUAUUUUACUGGCGCAAAGACCAAGAGCCAAACUGCUUUAAAUGACGCAACCAGAGCUCUUCGGUUAUCGCUCCAAACAAUACAGGAUCAACUACAUCAGAUUACCAUGUUGAUAAUUCGGGCAUCGCCUGAAGCGAGGGUCAAGGUGCUCGACUUCUUUGCGUUAGCAAUUAAUUUGAAUAAGAAGCGUGGCGCUAUCCAGGUGGAUCAAGCUACAGUAGCCUCCGAUGGUUUUAUGCUCAAUAUAACAGCAGUAUUGAACAAGUUAUGCGAGCCUUUUAUGGACGCAUCUUUUUCGAAGCUUGACAAAAUCGACAUCGACUACUUCAGGCGUAAUCCAAGACUGGACAUCGGCGAUGAGACAAAAAUCAAUGCAGAUGAAGACACCGCAUCUGAAUUCUAUUCCAAAAAGAUUGAAGGAUCAAAUAAUUUCAUAUCUGAAGUCUUCUUCCUAAAUGUUGCAGCCCACCACUACGGACUUGGUGCCACCGAGGUUAAUCACGAUCAGCUGGCAAAAGACAUUGGAGAUAUGGAGAAACAUUUGGAAAGAAUCCAAGGCGAGAGAUCACGCUGGGUUAACACACCACAGAUAGGUAUUUGGGAUAGAAACAUAGAAAAAUUGAGACAGCGUAUAGACGAAGGAAUUGCGUAUAAGUUUGCACUCGAAGUAUUCCUUUUUGACGGUUUGUCACAAACAAGAUCGCUUUUGUUCAUGCGAUACCUUACGACCUGGCUCCUAAGACUUGUUUCUCCUGGACAUAGAUACCCACAAAAAAUGAUGAGCCUACCUCUGCCUGCGGAAGCACCUCCUGAGUUUAGUGCUCUGCCGGAGUAUUUCAUUGAAGAUAUCGGACUUUGUUUUGGAUUCGUAGGGAGAUAUCUGCCAGAGUGUAUAGUGACGACCCAAGUAGAUGAGCUCGUCAUCUUCUGCACGACUUUUCUGCGUACAUCAACCUAUAUAAAAAAGCCUAACCUUAAAUCGAAACUCGUUGAGAUACUCUAUUAUGGAAUUUCCCCUUACCGUGGUAAAACAGCUGGUAUGUUGGGCGACGUCAUAAAUGGUCACAAGUUCGUUUUACAACACCUUCUCAAUGCUCUCAUGAACUUUUAUAUUGAAAUUGAGAGGCAGUAUUACGAGAAGUUUACUGUCCGUUACCAUAUUUCUGAGAUUAUCAAAUCAAUAUGGCCAAACCCUGCAUAUAGAGAAAAACUGGAUCAGGAGAGCAAGUUGAACGUUGAUUUUUUUAUCCGUUUUGUGGCUCUUCUUCUCAACGACGUAACCUACGUGCUAGACAACUCACUCACUGCACUAGCUGAAAUCAACAAAUUACAGCAUGAGCUCGAAGGCGAUGCGGCUGCUUCCCUGAGCCCUCAAGAAAAAACCGAAAAAGAGAAGGCAUUGGCGAAAUCUGAGCGAGAUGCAACUUCGUACAUGUCAUUAGGCAAUGAAACGGUCACGAUGCUGAAGCUCUUCACGUCCGCGAUUCCUAAUGCUUUCAUCAUGCCAGAAAUUGUUAAUCGAUUGGCUGGCAUGUUGGAUUAUAACCUUGAGGCUCUAGUCGGACCUAAAUGCAACUCUCUUAGAGUUCGUAGCCCCGAGAAAUACCGGUUCAAUCCCAAAGCCUUGUUGUCAGAGAUCACAGACGUCUAUCUAAAUCUUAGACACUUCACACCAUUUGUGGAAGCUGUUGCAAGAGAUGGUCGUUCAUACAAGCCUGAACUUUUUCAAAAAUUACAGGCUGUUCUAGAAAAGAACAGUUUAAAAGGGACUCCCGAUAUUGCAGCGUUAGCUAAAUUAGCUGCGAUGGUCGAGGAAACCAAACGGCGUGAAGAAGAAGGCGAGGAAGAGCUUGGAGAAAUUCCGGAUGACUUUUUGGAUCCACUGAUGGCUACCUUGAUGGAAGAUCCCGUGAUCUUACCGUCUUCCAAGGUUUCGAUUGAUCGACAAACCAUCAAAGUUCAUUUGCUCAGCGAUCCGAAAGAUCCAUUUAAUAGAGAGCCCUUGAAAAUCGAAGAUGUCAUUCCUAAUACGGAGCUCAAGGAGCAGAUAGAAGCUUGGAUAAAAGAACGACGUGCCGGGAAUUCGAUGAAUGCGGACAUAAUGGAUGUUGAUGGUUAG